CCGGGCUUGAGCAUAACAGUCGCUAGUCCCUCGGGUGUGGGGCUCCGGGGGCGAUCUUGUCGAGUAUCCCCUGCCUGGCUGCCACUUUCGAAGCCAUCCCAAAAGACCCAGGGAACCAAGGAGAGCACAGCACAUCAGCAGGCUCCCAGCCAGGUUUCCAGCAUUGUCCUUAGGCUCCUUGGGGAACAGUUAGGGACCAGCCCCUGGUGUGGACGCUGCAAACAGGGAGAAGUUGGCCAUUGCUCCUUAAGCUAACUGUUUCUUCUGUUUCCCCCUCCACAGCCAUGGACCCAGGACACAGCGCCCUGAAUUCUGGGACCCUGGAGGCCAAAGAGCAACAGACCUGCACAGCUGCAGGACUCCACGAGGACACCACCGAGACUGCAAAGUUGACCCAGAAAAAAGCUACUCAGAAGAGGCAGAGGAGCAGAUCUCCGUCCCCGGCCAACAGGAACAUCGUGGGCUGCAGAAUCUCUCAUGGGUGGAAGGAAGGAGAUGAGCCCAUCACCCAGUGGAGAGGCACUAUUCUGACUCAGGUGCCCAUAAACCCCUCUCUCUAUCUGGUGAAAUACGAUGGAGUUGACUGUGUCUAUGGACUGGAACUUCAUAAAGAUGAGAGGAUCUUGUCCCUUAAAGUUCUCUCUGACACAGUAGAACCAUUCCAAGUUCCCGAUCCCAGCCUUGCCGAUAGCAUAAUUGGCAAGGCAGUGGAACACAUGUUUGAGGGUGAGCGUGGCACUAAGGAUGAAUGGAGGGGGAUGGUCCUGGCCCAGGCGCCUAUCUUGGAUGCCUGGUUUUAUAUUACCUAUGAGAAAGACCCCAUCCUGUACAUGUACCAGCUUCUGGAUGAUUAUAAAGAGGGUGACCUCCGUAUCAUGCCAGAGCUCAAUGAGGAUCCUCCGCUAGACGGAGACCUGGAACGUAUGGAUGGUCUGAUAGGCAAACUUGUGGAAUAUACCAAAGAUGAUGGCUCCAAAAGGGUGGGCAUGGUGAUUCACCAAGUCGAAGCCAGACCGUCUGUGUACUUCAUCAAAUUUAACGAUGAUUUCCAUAUCUAUGUCUAUGACUUGGUGAAAAAUUAUUAAUUGUUUGGCAAAGUUUUGCCACAAAUGUGGAAAUAAAGUUGUAAUUUCUAGA